AUGUGGUCUGGUGCCAAACAACUCUGGUUUGACGUCAAGAAGCAGCAACAACUUAAAGUAAUCAAUCAGUUGAUCUACCUUGACUCUCAAGACACUGUCCGUCGCCUCUCAAUCAUGGCUCAUCCAGGUGUGCGUCGGACACAAUUGGUAGCGCAGCAGUGGUACUAUUGGUCCAUGGAUGAAGACAUUCGUGCAUACGUGCAAAGUUGCGAAGCUUGCAUGGGAUCCAAGUCUUCAACAUGA